AUGCCGUCUCAAAACAUCAACGAGCCAUCUCAAAACAUUAACGAAACAAUUGCAACUCUCAGGUCAGCAGCAGAAUCUGUUACGGUUCGGGUUCUAGAGGAGACGGCAGAUGAGCAAGCACGGGUAAUUCAAGCCAUGAGAUCAACAAUCUCUGCCAAAGAUUUACGUAUUCAAAAACUUAAUCGAAAGGUUGCAAGACGUGACAAGAGUUUGGAUAAACUGAGAAAACGAAUAGAGCGCUUAAAUACCGCAUUUUCGAAGCAAAGUUGGUCGAAUUUCGAAGCAAUUGAUGUUGGGACAAAGCAUGAUGAGAGGAUGAAGAUUUCGAGGGACAAAGUUCCAACUUCAGCAGAUGGGCUCUGUACAAAAUGUGGAAAGAAUUUCUCUCGUUUAGUUAAAGAGAAUAAACAAUUGAGGGAUAGAUUACAUGAGAUUGAUGGGUUGUGCAUAAGACUCAGAACUGAGUGCAGCAAGAUGGAGAAUAAAAUCAGAGGACUCGAACAGGAUUUAGUUAUGAUUAGAGGGAAGCAGUAA